GUCCUGUGAUAUAUUUAUAGGACUCAUCGGACCGAUCGGACUGAUACGAGAGUAUACGACAUAGGGAGGUGAUCUGUUUCCGUUUAUUUAGUCGAUUUCGUCACUCGCGAAAGGUGGAUGAAAAUGGCUGCUUCCGUUAGACAUGACGCCAAUAAAAUAUGCUGCUAUGCUCAUCCAGAUGCUCCUCUGAUCGAAGAUUACAGAGCUGGCGAUCAAAUAUGUUCCGAAUGUGGCCUUGUGGUCGGUGACAGGGUAAUUGAUGUGGGUUCCGAGUGGCGAACAUUCAGCAAUGAAAAAGCUGGAGCGGACCCAUCUCGAGUCGGUGGCCCCGAAAAUCCACUGCUUAAUGGUUCUGAUCUAUCGACAAUGAUAGGGCCUGGGCGUGGAGAUGCUUCCUUUGAUGGGUUCGGCGUUUCAAAAUAUCAGAACCGUAGAACUAUGAGUAGUUCUGACAGAGCAUUAAUCAAUGCAUUCCGAGAAAUCACCAGCAUGGCGGACCGUAUAAAUUUACCGAAGACCAUUGUUGAUCGUGCCAAUAAUCUGUUUAAGCAAGUACACGAUGGGAAGAAUUUGAAGGGCAGAGCUAAUGAUGCAAUCGCCUCGGCAUGUCUGUACAUUGCGUGCCGACAGGAAGGUGUUCCACGUACAUUUAAGGAAAUAUGUGCCGUCAGUAAGAUCAGCAAGAAAGAAAUUGGACGCUGCUUUAAGUUGAUUCUGAAGGCUCUUGAAACCAGUGUGGACCUUAUUACAACAGGAGACUUUAUGUCACGUUUCUGUUCCAACCUCGGACUCCCCAACAUGGUUCAGCGUGCCGCAACACACAUUGCUAGGAAAGCAGUGGAGCUUGACAUUGUGCCCGGUCGAUCACCCAUUUCAGUUGCAGCGGCUGCAAUAUAUAUGGCUUCACAGGCCUCUGAAGAUAAACGCAGCCAGAAGGAAAUUGGAGAUAUUGCUGGUGUGGCUGAUGUGACAAUCCGCCAGUCGUACAAACUGAUGUACCCUCACGCAGCGAAGCUUUUUCCAGAGGACUUUAAAUUUGCAACUCCAAUUGAUCAGCUGCCGCAGAUGUAAAGUGUGUUAUAUAACAGUAUGGGUAUGUGAUGUUACAUGGGUAUUAAACUGCCUGGCUGUGUUUAGGAUGGUGGAGAGAUUGGGCACAAGUAUUCUUAAAAAGAUUUAAAAGUUUGUGACGAUGGUACAUUAGUACAAAUAUUUUGUUUUUGGACAUCAUUUAUCAUUCUUGUCUUUAUCUAAAAACUGUUCUGUUUAUCUUUCAAAGCACAACAUUAAAUGGGACAGUUUUUAGAUAAAAACAAGCUGAUGUAUAAUGUCCAAAAACAUAUUAUUUGUACACAAAUAUUCUUGCAGUAAAAGAGUGAUGUUUAAGUAAAAGUUUACCAUUUAUUUUGUUUUUUGUUUUUAUUUGUCAGCAGGACACUUUUGUUAAUAAUAUGUAAAAGUACAGAUUUUUUUAAUCACAUUCAUAUGACUGUUUUUUUUAAGUGAAAGUUGGUUCAUUCUUACUUUGUUAAUAUGUAAAUGAGAAUACAGAAUUUUUUUAAAUCAUGUUCAUAUGACUUUUUUUAAAUGAAGUCAGUUCAUUCUUGACCUAAGUGGGCAUUCAUUCAUAUCAUGUGUGUUGAAACUGCAAUAUGUCACUGGGGGGAUAUAUAAACGGGUUUUGGAUUGGAUGAUUUGGAUUUAUUGACACCUUUUACACAUCAUUCGUAACUGCAUGUAAUUACAGUGCUGUUGCUGAUCUGUACACUGUACAUAUUGCUAGGACAUGCUAAGUCUUCUCAGUGUUCAUCAGUUGUGCAUAUCACUGAUAAAACACAGCACAUACCAUGCCAUCUUACAGUUAUGACCAAGUCUUCAGUCUUCAGGAGAAAGUACUACUGCUACCACAAGAAAUGAGAUGAUACACACAAUGCUGUGCACUAUUGUUUUGUGAGCAGGAGUACUUAGAAGUUCAUGGACAUGGAGAAGUGGUGAAUAUGCAGAAGUCCUUAUUUUCACAAGGACCUUUUGUGGGAUGUAAGUAGCUUCAUGGAGCUGAACCCUUCUUGAGAAGCCACCAAUUUUGUAGCUAUUCAAGAACUUCCCAGCAUAUUUGGAAUGGUGGGAUGUAAAACAAGCAUUAAUAAUAAUGCAAAUGUUCUGCAUGUUUAGAUGUUCCUUGAAAGAUGUCAAAGUAAACAGUAAUUUGAUGAUGGCUGCAGUUUCUGUUAGCUCAGCUAACUGCUGCUUCGGGCUCUACUUGGUUUUGUUUGCAUGCAAGUAGAACUCAUCUGGCCCAUGAUUCCAUGGGACAUUCACUGAAACUCAUUCUGCACAUCUUCAAGACUUGUUCCUGAAAUAUGUCUAGUAAAAAGGGACCAAGAGAAGAUGUUGAGGGAAAGUAGUAGCUUGAUAGAUGUGUAACUCUCAGCUUACAGAGAAUAGAUCUGUACCUGACAGUGCAGUAUGGCUGUUACAAGACAACUUGCUCUACACAAAGGCAUGCAGGAAACUGACAUCCUUAACCUCUGCCCUACACUGUUUUUCAGUCUAGGUGGGGAUGGAAGUUUGGACUGGUCCUACAUGUGACAAAUGGUGCAACCAUGCCAUGGAUAACCAUGGAGAAAAUACAAUAAUGUUUUGAAUGUUUUCUUUAUUUCCUGUGAUGUGCAUGUACUGAAAGAAUUUGAAACAGGCUCUUACUGUCCCUCUUCUUUCCAUCCUAAUGAAUCAAGACAUGAAACUGCUACAUUACCAGUACUCAUUUUACUCGUAUAGAAUAGAACUUGGUGGGCAACCCACAUUGUCAAAUGUAUGUUUAUAUUGUGACAUGGAUGGCGCAACAGGAAGUAGGGGGUCACGUGAACACUGCAGUCUUGCGAGUGACAUCACAUACCCUCACUCCUUCCAUCAUUAUGCAACGCGGGGUGACAUAACAGAAGAGCAACUGUGUCAGGCAACCAUUGUUGCAGUGACAUAACAACAUCUGAGCAAGCUACAGUAACAGGCCAGUCAACACUCUGCCCCUCUCCACUGCGGUGAUGUAACAGCAGUUCCCACUGUGACAUAACGCGACAAUGCUAGUAACACAAGGGAACAGUAUAAAAAGCCGGCUGAGCAGUAUGUGGUCAGAGAGUGUGAGAUCAGGAGUGACACAUUGCGGAUCGUGAAGUCGCUAAGUGCAACAGAAGUCUAGCAGUUGCCGAGAGCAGUGGAUGUAACUGUGAUACUGCCGAUGGCAGUAAUUGUAAUUGUGAAUUGUGUGAGUGAGUGUUCAAUAAAUUUGCCACAUCCAAGAUGGCGUGAAGUUAUUUGUCACGUGGCAUAUACCCAACACGUGACAAUAUGUAUCCAGAAAGGAGAGAAGCACUCGUUCCAGCAGAAAUUAAGAAAGCAUACUCCUGUUAAAACAGAAGAAUGUUACUAUGCUUAACGUGGUUAAAUGGAUGGUGCAUAAUAUAAUUCCCGUCAAGAGUUUAUUACUUCAGACUUCUACUGUAUUCUUAUCGGUAUGUGAGCAUCUCUUUUGGACCUUUGU